AUGUCUUCAUCUAAAUUAAAUUCUUAUAAAAUUAAAUCAUCAAAUCAAAAUAUAUCUCAAUUUAAAUCAAUUGAUAAUAUAAAUGUUUAUAGUUGUCAUAGUAACACUGUUAAUUCAAAAUCAUUUGAAUCUAUAAAUUAUAAUAAACAAAAAAUAACUCAAUUAUAUUAUCCAUUAAAACAUUGUAAAAUAACAAAUGAUAAUGAUUUAUUGAAUAGAACAAAUAUACAAUAUGAUAAAAUUAAUGGUCAAAUAAAAUCACAAUUACAGACAUCAAUAACAAAAGUACCAAAAUCUAUGAUGCAUAAACAAAUUAAAUUUAUGGAUUAUGUAUCAGAAGGUGAAAAGAAGAAUACUGGUGUAACAACAUUAAAAAAUACAAUCUCUCCAUCAAAACAACCAGAAAACAAAAUGGUCUCACAAACAAAAUUACAAACAUCACCACUAUUAACAUCAAUAAAACAUGAUGACCAAUAUAUGAAGUCAACUUUAAUAAAUAAACCACAACAUUCAUCACAAGUUCAAUUAACCAAUACUACUAUUAGUAAUCAUAAUACACUUGAUAAAAGUAAUGUUAAUCAAUAUAUGAAUAAUAAUAAUACUGAAAAAAUAAAUUUUAAACAUACUGAAUCUUAUCCAAUUGUAAAACUAUCAACUAGGAAUAAUAAUAAUACUCAUAGUCAACAUUCAUUAAUACCUGUGUUCCAAGGGAAAUCGAUUAGUUCCACCCUUUCAAUAACAGCAACUAUUACUACUACUACUACUACUACUACUACGACGACGACGACUAAUAACACUUCUGUAUCUAGUUGUUUCUUAUCAAAUUUAGCAUUGAAAAAAAAUUAUUUAGGUUAUAAUUUAGAUGAAUACAGAAUAAAAGAAAUUAAUAAAUGUACAAGUUUCAAAGAAACUGAUCUCACAUCUAAUUACAUAGACAAUAUUAAAAGUGCAUCUAUAUCAGAUUUAAGUCAUUCCAGUUUAAUAAUUAAUUCUAACAUUAUAAAUAAUAAUCAUAAACCAAUCAAAAUAUCACCUUUAUUGAAUAAAUCAUCAUCAUCAUCAUCGGUCAUCAUUAAUACACAAUUAAAUGAUCCAUCAAUUACACCGGAUCAUAUCAAUAAUUAUCAACCUUCUAAAAUAACAAUUAUACGUGAAAACAAUAAUAAUAAUAAUAAUAAUAAUAAUCAUAUAAAGAUGAAUUCGUACCCUAAAUUACCAAUUACAAAUAGAUCAGCUUUAAAAAAAGAUGCUCAAUUAUGUAAUCAUAAUAAUAAUAAUAAUAAUCUAAGUUAUAAAUCAUCAAUUAGUCAAUCAUCAUUAUCAAAUAUAUCAUGUGAAAGUUUACCAAAUGUAAAUAAUUCUAUUAUGAAAUUUAAUUCAUUGUCAACAACAUUAAAUAAUAAUAAUAAUAAUCAAUUAAAUAUUGAUCCGGAUCAUGGAUUACAUAAUCAUGAUCAUAAUCAUAAUCAUAAUAAUAAUAUUACAUGGAAAAUUUCAGAUACAAAAGAACAGUAUAAUUCAAAUAAGAAACUUGAGGUAGAUCAUUCAACAUCUGAAAACAUGAUACAAUCCACUAAUUCAUCUAAUCUAAAUAAAAUGAAUUUAUUAAAACAAUAUAAUCAUUAUAAAUCAACGCCGAAUAUCAUGAAUACAACAAGCAAAAGAUUGAAAACAUCAAAAUUAACAAAAUUUAAAGAUGAUUAUAUAACUCAUAUAGCUAGACCAUUAAAACCGGAAUUUUUAAAUAAUAAUAAUAAUAAUAAUAAUAAUAAUAAUAUUAAUCAUUACAAUGCAUUCAUCAGUGAACAAGAUUUAUCCGACAAAUCGGUAAAAAUAAAUGAGAAACAAUAUAAUCGAAGCUAUAAUGAAUUAAAUAAGUUAUAUCCAUUUAAAAAUGAAAAUUCAUUGAAUUCAUAUCAACAAAUCAAUGAAAAAAAACCAAAUGGUAAUAAUGAUAAUAUUGACAAUGUCCAAUUAUCUAUAUGCCGACAUAGUAGUUAUGAACGGAAUUUAAACAAGAAACCAGAUGAAGAUCCAAUAAAUGAACAUUCCUUUCAACCAAUCAUUAUACAAAGACAUUAUGCUUCAAAAAAUUUACAUUCAGAAUCCCCGUCAAACCAUUUUAAUGGUUAUUUAAAUUGUUAUUCAUCUGAAGAAUCAUUAAUAAACAAUAAAAAAUUAUUGAAUAAAUUAAAUAAUAAUAAUAAUAACUCAACUAGUGAUUAUUAUACUUAUUCUCAAUCAUUACCAUAUAAUUAUAAUUAUAAUGAUAUAAAAUUAAAUAGAAUCUAUCGUAAAAUAAAUCAUAAACAACCUAAUCGUAUAUUACCUAGAAGACCACGUUCAUUAAUACAAGAUACUACUACUACUACUACUACUACUACAACUACUACAACUACUACAACUACUACUAAUAAUCAUAAUCAUCAUUUAAAUUUACAUCAAUUAUCCAAUGAAUUACAUUAUAAACAUGGAUAUAGUUAUAAUAAUAUUUAUGAUAAUUUAAUAGAUCAUGAAUAUUCUAGCUACAAUGAAUCCAAUGAUGGUUAUCGUUCUAUUACACCGAAUCUAUUCUGUAAAUAUGAUGAUCAACAAUCAUAUAAUAAUAAUAAUAAUACUAUGAAUGAUAAUAUUAGUAUAAUUAAUAAUGAUUAUAAUUCAUAUGAUUAUCGAUGUAGUAGUAAUAGUAAUGAUAUAGUUAAUCAAACAAGAACAUGGACAAAAAUGGAUCAUGUUGCUAACUUUCAUCCAGACUCAUAUAUUGCUAAUAAACGAAAAUAUAAAUCUACUUAUAAUGAACCAUAUCAUAGAUUAAAUGAUUUAAUGAAUUUUCAACAUAAUUCUACAGAAUACAAUUUAAAUGGAACUACUACUAUUACUACUACUACUACUGAUAAUAAUAUCAGUAGUUUAUCAUAUCCUAUUACUUCUAUGAAUACAAUUCAUUUAAAUCAAUCAUUAACAACACCAAUAUCAAUUAAAAUUCAUCAAAAUGAUAAACAUAUAAAUCAACAUGAUCUAGAUCAUUCAAUGAGUGAUAUAUGUUCAACUAAUUCAUCAUCAUUAUCAGAUCAUACUACUAAUGGUAUAAAUUAUUCAUAUCCAACUAAUUCAUUAUCAUUAUCAUUGAAUAAAGAGAAAAGAAAAGAAAAUUUUAUUAAUACUAUAACUACUACUAAUAAUCAUAAUAGUAGUAAUAAUAGUGUAUACUUUAAACAUAGAACUUUACCUUUAGUACCUAAUUCAUCCUAUGAAUAUCAACAUAAUUAUCAUAAUAUAAUAUUAACAUCAUCAUCUUCAUCACCAUCAACAUCAUUAUCAUUGUCUCAAUUCAUGACACCAAUGGUAACAUGGCGUAUCAAGGAUUCAAAAGAAAUUUAUUAUGAUAAAAAAUUAUUACGAUUAAUUGAACAAUUACCAAAUGAUAAACAAAAUUCUAUUGGUUUAAUAUUAUUAGCAAUGGAUGUUAAAUUAUUCAAUUAUAAUAAUAAUAAAUCAAUUAAUAAUACUUAUAAUACCACUACUACUUAUACUACUACUAAUAAUACUACUAUUAAUAAUAGUAGUCAUCUUAAUUAUUCUGAUAUAUUCUCUGGUGGUUUAGAAUAUCGUCUACGUGAAGCAUUACAAUUAAUUCAACCAAAAAAUAAAAUGAUGAAUGAUAUAGAUCAUAAUUGUAAUACAAAUAGUGAAUUGAAUAAAUCAUAUUUAAAUAAAAUUAUUGAUGUUCGAAGUAGAAAAAAUCUCAAUGAAUCAAAGAAACCAUCAAUCAACUUUGCAAAAGAAUCACCUAAAGAAGACGGUCGGGAAUCUGGAAUAGAUCCGGAUACAUUAGAUGAAACAUCGACAUCAAUGAUUGGCAAUUCUUUAAGUUUGAAUGAUAUGAAAUGUACUACUAAUGAUCUUAGUAAUACUACUGAAGUAAACAAACCAAGUGUAAUUACAAUAUUAAGACGAUUAGCAAGAUAUUUAGCUUUACGAAUAGCAAAUAAACGUCAUAGCCUAGCUACGGCAAAUCAACAUGUUGCAAGAAAUGCCAUUGAAGAAAAACUUUUACGAUCUAGAUUAAGUGAAUUAAAUAUUGAUUAUCAUCAUCAUCAUCAUCAUCAUCCGCAUCAUGAUGAUCAUUUAGUGAAUAGUUGGAAUUCAUUUAAUUCAAUGGAUAUAAAUUAUGGCACCAUUGUUAAUCGAUUUGAUCGAUUACAUAAUAAUACAAUUGCUGUAAUACAAUUAUUAUGUCAAUUAGCAAGACGUUUAGCUAUAUUAGAUGGACAAUUAUAUUGUUUAAAUAAAAAUCAAUAUAAUGAUAAUGUAAUAUUAUUAUGUAAUAAUAAUAAUGAUCCAUUAUUACCUUGUAAUCAUUACACAAAAUCAUUAAUAAAUGAUACAUCAACAACUAUGUCAAAUCACUUAUUGAAUGAUUUCAAUGAUAAGGAUAAUGAUAAUGACGAUGGGAAUAGUCAAUGUGAAUUAUCACAAAUCAUUGAACAACAAAAACGUUUAAUUAUCCAAAUUAAAGAAGCUCAAUUAUUACGAGCUGAAUUAGAAACAUGUCGACAUCGUUUAUUGGAAAGUAUACCAGGACAUAUAAAAUGUGAUAUAACUCAUAAUAUAAUUGAUAAAUUAGGAAGAGAUUUUAUGAAUGAUAAUCAAUUGACAUCAGCAACAACAACAACAACAACAACAUCUAACAAUACUACUGAUAAAACUACUUAUAAACAGAAUAUAACACAAUUGAAAUUAACAUCAUCAUCAUCAGCAUCAUCAUAUACUACUAAUAAAGAAUUAGAACAGUCAUUUAAUGAUCAACAAUCUAUAAUGAAUACAACACAAUUUCUUAGACAACGUGUUACUGAACAUUUAAUUGAAUUUUUAAAUUGGUUUGUAUUAUCACAAAUAUUUGAAACAGAAAUUAAAGUAGAUCAAGAUUUAUGGGAAAAUAUUCAAGAUGAAUUAAGAUUUGAAUUAUCAUAUUAG